AAAGUUUUUACGAACGACUCGAACGAAAAAAUAGAAUAAAAUUAAGCAGUUGUUACUGUAAAACGUGAUAUUUAUAACAAAUUUAUUAAUCGUUUAUCUGUUCAUUGUUACGCUUGUACAAAUACUACUUCUAUCAUGGAAGAAUAUGCGCGAGAACCUUGUCCUUAUCGUAUAGUAGACGACUGCGGAGGUGCCUUUGCCAUGGGAUGCAUUGGAGGUGGUGUAUUUCAAGCGAUAAAAGGAUUUCGCAAUGCUCCAUCAGGAUUUAAUCGUCGACUACUAGGAAGUUUAACUGCGAUUAAAAGUCGCUCGCCUAUAAUUGCUGGUAAUUUUGCCGUAUGGGGAGGAAUGUUUAGCACAAUCGAUUGCACGCUGGUACAUUUCCGCAAAAAAGAGGAUCCAUGGAAUUCCAUUAUAAGCGGGGCGGCCACAGGCGGCAUCCUGGCUGCUCGAAACGGUGUCCCGGCUAUGAUUGGCAGUGCGGUGAUCGGUGGAGUCUUGUUAGCUUUGAUCGAGGGUGUCGGUAUAAUGUUUACUCGUAUUUCUGCUGAGCAGUUUCGAAACCCAACUCCCCCGACGGAUGAUCCUUCAGUACUCGGUGAUCCUGGUCAACAACAAAUGUCCUCAGCUACUCCUUCUCCUUUCGCUUUCGGUCAAUCUGGACAAAAUUAUCAGUAAAUGAAAGGUGCAAGAUGCGGCAGCGAUGCCCAAGAAGUAGGAAUUUCAGUUAUCGCCCGUUCAUCAGAUUCUAUUGAUAUCAAGCCGGUAGUUCAACGUUGUGGGCUUUCAGGAUUAAUGUAAAUGUAUCUAUUAAUUUAAAUUGAUGAGUGAAAGCAUGACUGAGUACUGUUGUCUGAAGUGUUUUAUUUGUUUGUCGAUCUCAUUCAUGCGGUUGAUAUUAUGUUGCUUGAUAAAUCGUCAGUCAAAUUACAAAGGCACGAAGACAGUGGUGUAUGCACGGAUAAUUGUGAAUGUAGAUUUGGAGAAUUCAUUUCAAGAUGGAUUAGAUUGGGUUUCUGCAGAACAGCUUAGCGAAAGAUCAUUUUUGAUGAUAGAAUUUCUUUCUUGUGAUGUUAUUUGAAAGUAAAAUAACUCAAGAAUGAUUUUUGCUAGUAUUUGUAGCAAUUAGAGGUGUGUAGUGCGUCAUUAAUCAAUAAGGGCUACUAAAAAAAAGGAAUUAUUUUGUUAUAACCAAUCAGUUCCGGCGGUACUCCGAAAGUAGACAACUAAUCAUAAUUAUAAACAACGGCUAGUUCAUGUACAUAUAAUUCAAAUCUU